AUGAGCAUCUCAACAUCUAGCAGAGACGAAGAGCAGCCGCUGCUUCGGAGAAGCUCUGAGAUGAACAGAAUCACUGAACGAUCCCUCCAAUAUGGCGUCGUUGACUUUACGAGCUCAGGCCUAACACCGCCGACUGAUGCUAUUGUCGUCGACUUUGACCCUUUGGGCGACCCCGAUAACCCCCUGGACUGGGCCACCUCCUUCAAAUGGACCAUUGUCGGCAUGUUGGCCAUGAUGGCCUUCACCGUUACAUUCACAUGCAUGUCACCCGUCCCCCUGGCAAGCGCCAUCGUCUCAGAGCUCUCCCACUCUCCCAACCCGGCGUCAUCCUCCUCCGUCUUGCUAGUAACCAUUUGGGAGCUAGGAGAAGCCGCCGGCCCCUUAGUCAUCGCCCCCUUAUCUGAGAUGGUCGGCCGGUACCGUGUGAUCAACACUGCCAACGUGAUUUUCAUCACCGCCAUCGCGCUGGCCGCCACAGCGACCUCCGUCGAGCAGUUCAUUGCCGCGCGCAUGCUGACCAGGCUGGCGGUCGCAAGUAACGUGUUGGCGCCGGAGAUUGUGGGGGAUAUUUUUCUAAGGAAGCUUGGCGAAGCCAUUCUCAGACCCAUGAUCGUCCUCUCGGGGAGUGGUGUACUAAUGGCCAUGAGUCUCCUAGCCGGGACUGUGUUCACUUUUCUCUAUGUCUACAACACGACAUUGGCGGAUAUGCUGGUCAAUGUCUAUAAGAUACCCCCGGAGAUGGUUGGCUCCUGCUACGUCGUCUUUUCCCUUGGGUCUGCUAUUAGUGUCGUCAUUUGUAACAUCGCCUUGGACCGCAUCUACGUACGGAUACGAAACUCCCACAGUGGCGUUGGCCGGCCCGAAUUCCGGCUCCCUUUGGCCAUCAUCGGCUGCUUCCUUCUACCUCUCAGCGUGGGAGCCUACGGCUGGUCUACUGAACUGAGGCUUCCACUGGCAGUCCUGCUCUUCGCAACAACCUUGAUGGGCUCUGCUAUUCUUCUUGCCACUAUCCCUAUCAUGGCUUUUGAUGUUAAGAUACGGCGCUUUUUGGAGGAGGUUUUCUAA